AUGACCUCAGCUUUGGAGAAGAAGCGAUUAGAUAAACUCGCCCGUGUGAGGGAGAACCAGCGUAAGAGCAGAGCACGGAGACAGGAUCAUCUUCAGGACCUCGAGCGCAAAGUGCUCAGUCUCCAGCAAGAGCUCGAUCGCAGGGACGUCGAGCACAGGCUGGCGGCCCAGAGAUUAGAGGCUGAGAACAAGAGGCUGAGAGAUCUGCAUUUCUUCCUCGGCGUACCGCCUAAUGCACUAGAGGAGUAUCUGCGGAUGGUCGACAAUCCAGUUGCAGCUCAGAAAGUUGCUAUUCCGGCAAUUCGACGAGAUCCGUCUGAGGCUCGGUCGCGAGUGGCGGAGGUGAAAUCUGAGCCGUCUUGCUCGACUGAGCAGAGUCCUCGCAGCGAAUCAGUCCCGAGCCAAGAACCUGUAAUCGGUGCAUGCAAGCCGAGCGCGAACAAGAACGAAUCCCAGUCACGUCCUCAAUACGACAUUCUGCGCCAUCGCCGAGAAGCUCGUGAACCAGUACAACGCUCGCGGACUGGACGUCUCAGAAAUCCAGCAAAAGCUACGAAAGGGGUUCAUCCGCAGCAACUCCGAAGAAGCCUGCAGAGUGCAGAAUCAGGUUCUAUUUCAAGUCUUGGAUGA